AUGGUUGCAAAACUGCUCUCGAGUGGCAGUCAGACAUGGUACGUGAAACUCUUUUCGUUCCGGUCCGUGCUGCCGCCAUAUAUCUCAGGCGCCAUCCCGCGCGAGCUGGGCAAGCUGACGGCGCUAACGUGGCUAAGUCUUCGCGACAACAAUCUUUCCGGUGAGGCCUUGCGGUUGGCUGUGUUGUACGUAGGGAGUCUGUUUGUGGUUGAUAUUGUGGCGUGUUCUAUGCUAGCCUAGCGUCAGCGUGCUUGGCGUCUCUCCCGUGGGACUGGUGGCCACCUCGUGUACUUGGUGCGAUUGCGAUUCGCUUGGUGUGACAGCCGCUGGUCAUAGCUGUUGUACUGUCCCGUCGAAGUCCAGGAGGUACAGCAGGACCCAGCUUCUUGCGAUCCCUUGCUUACUGCGAUAGGACCAUUGCCCAAGUCCGCGUGUCAAUGAACGACGUGGUCCCAAGCAAGGCCUCAAAUUUCCACGAUGGUCUACUCGGGUACUUGUUUUCACCCUUCGCAGGGGUAGCCUACCGUAUGUAACUCCGUCCUUCGCCAUGGUUACUACAGUACAAUUUUGAUUAUUGAGCAGAAGUUGAGUCACCGCACCGAACAAUUACUUCGUCGCCUCCUCUCUCAAAGCUCAUUUCAUUCAAUAUUCACAACGAGGGCAAGAUAUCAACCUUCGUUGAAUAUAACUAUCGAUAGUUCCUUGAACCCACUGUGUACGUUUCUGAGUCGCACUCUACUGGUUACGCAUGGCUUUUCUGACAUGGCUCGUCAUGGAUGUUCCUGCGACACAGGCUUUUGAUUGUGUUUGGAUUGCAGUACAUUUUUCUUUUUGUUGCAUUUCCAGUGCCAACGGCUACUGCCCUGAUCGUUAAUGUUUCUCGCAGAGUAUGGUCCACACGGUACAUAUUUUUAAAAGCGGUUUCAUCGAACUUUUACGAUUAUCUGCUCCCUCAAAUCAGAGCACGAUUGAGCUGUAUAACCAGUUUCUGUCUUCCUUCGCUUCGCGUGAUGUCUGCAAACGUCACGACAGUCGAAGCUGUACGACCAGUUUGUUAUGCUUACCAUUCCGCAAGCGUUCAACUUGACGCAAACGAAACCAAAGCGAUUAUAAUGUGCUGUAGCAACCACUGCUUUUUGCAAUCGUAUGAUUUUCAACCUAUGCACCCGAAGAC